AUGCGAGAAAGAGCUGAAAAUGAAUUAUUAUCAUUACAAAAAGUUGCUGAGCGAGAAAUACGUAAAGCUUUACUUACAUCUGAAGCUCUUGUUGUUCUACCUCGUGUAGCUAAUAUCGAUAUGAUACUAAUAUGUUUAUGUAAAUUUACAGAAAAAACUGUCCGAAAAGGUUGCUUUUUUCAUUUCUCUCAAUCCAUAUAUGGACAUGUUAAAUCAGGUGGUUUAUCAGCAGUUUAUUUAGAUAAUCUUAUGAUACACAGUGUUAUUCGAAAAACGAUGAAACUAGCUUUAGUACCAGAACAACAUCUUCCAUCAUUAUUUGCUCGCCUUGGAUAA